UCUACUUCAGCAGAGGUUUAACCACUUUAUCAUCACGGCUGUACACGUCCACAGUUACGUGGAUUGGUUCCUCUGUAAAGAGCGUCAUAGGGUUGUAUAUCUCAUAGACAUCGAUCGUGUUUUGAAGUCGUUUGAAGCCGAAAGACCAGGAGGAAUUUGACGAGUGUGGUCUUUUAGAGAUCACCUUUAGGUGUAUCUGUAUCACACCUGGACAAGAGGAAGAGUAGUUAUGGAUACAGGACGUUCAUUCAAGGUUUUAACAUGGGUGUCAUUGGUCUGUAUUCUAGUGUACAUACCUACAACUACAGCAAAUACUGCACAUGACCCACCAGCCUUCUCGGAGGACUUUGGUGUAUUAACAUUUAACAAUUCCCAAACACCAAGUUGGGUACUGACUGCCAGUGAUAGCUCGGGUAUUGUCACGCUGACAUCGUCACCUAGUCCUGGGUCCUACUUUCCUCUAGGCAACACCACUGUGACUGUUACCGCCACCAGUGCCUCGAUUACCUCCAUAGAAGUAUUUACAGUCCAAGUCGUAUCUGACGGUUCACCAGAAACGGCAAACUGUCCAGGAGAUCAACUACACGAGGUCUCACCGUCUGAAGUACCUCGUGCAGUUACCUGGUCAGUGCCAAGUGCCAGAGGAUCAGGGACUAUUACAACCACCAGCAACUAUAGUCCGGAUGACAUGUUUAGAGAAGGCACGACCAAAGUCAUCUACAAAUUCACAGAUGAUGCUGGCAGGAGCUCCAAAUGCUUUUUUUACAUCAAAAUCACAAUAAAUGCCGACGAAAUAGCACCAGACGUCGUCUUUUGUCCUGGGAAUGUGACAGUUACCAAGCCAGCAGGGACGGUACAGGCCACAGUCACCUGGAACGAGCCAAUGUUCUACGAUGCUGUAAGUAAAGCUGAUCUCGAUAUACAGCAGUCAAAGCAAUCCGGCUCAAACUUUACCGUAGGUUCCACUCAGGUGCUGUACACCGCUAUGGAUGGAAAAUUUAACGCGGCAGACUGCCAGUUUACAGUAACUAUAAAUGUGGUGGAAGACAACGAUAAACCUGUGAUCGUCGGUUGCCCUCAAAACUUCACUCACUGGGUCACUGCUGGACAGACAACAGCACCCGUUUCAUGGGUAGCUCCGGAUAUUACCGACAAUUCUAGCUUCACCGUUCAAGUCUCUCAUGAACCAGGCAGCGAGUUUACAGUCGGAAUGGACACCGUUGUGUCCUACGUUGCUAAAGAUGCUGUCAACAACAUGGCAGACUGCACCUUCACCAUAUCCGUCAGAGAGGAUAGUGUUGACCCAGAGCUUCAAUGCCCAUCCAACAUGAGCAUUAGAGUGACCCAGGAUAUGACUACCCAAGUGGUCACCUGGCCGACUCCAAGUGCAACUGACAACUCCGGGAAUGUCACUGUCACCUCGAGCCCGAAGUCUGGGACAGCAUUCCAGGCAUCAGUGUCUGGGCAAAAUGACACAGUGACUGUCACGGCUGCCGAUGCUUACGGAAAUUCUGAUACGUGUACCUUCCUCGUAAAUGUCCGAUAUGAUGUUCGUCCAGAGCUGUCCUGCCCCGUUGUCAGUCAAGAAACAGUACCUGGUGAAAGCUUUGCCACAGUUACAUGGCCAGAUGUAGUUAUUACUGAUGAUUAUACUAGUGACUCAGCGCUAGUGAUCACCAUGUCCCACGGGUCAAUGAUUGCCAACUUGCAGUACGAUGCCGACCCGGUAACCGUCACCAUAACAGCGCAAGAUGAGCUGGGUAACAUAGGGAGCUGCACAUUCACUGCUGAUGUUGUAGACACGGAGAAACCAGUGUGGUCAGCGUGUCCCCCGAACGUUAAUAAAACGGCCGAAUUAGGAACUAACUCCAAAGUUGUAGACUGGGAACUACCUUCUGUUAGUGAUAACUCAGGCAAGGAUCCCAUCAAGACUAACAACCCUCCUGCCUCUCAGCUCUUCUCGGGGGGUAUUUGGCCUGUGGUCUAUACGGCUACUGAUGACUCCGGUAAUACUGGAACAUGCGAGUUCUACGUCACUGUGAUUGUCGACGAUGAUGUGCCUGAAUUUACCAACUGUCCGACGAGUCAAGUGAGAUUUAACUCGGACGCAAACACCAACUCAGCCGUAGUCGACUGGGGUGAUAUCACUGCUACAGACAACUCUGGGACCCCCACCAUUACAUCCAACUAUGCCAGGAAUCAGCGUCUUGACAUCGGAUCAUACGACUUGGUAUACCAAGCUCGAGAUAUCCAUGGCAAUGUAGCAUUCUGCAGAUUCAACGUCUUAGUGAUUGAUACUGAGGCCCCAGGAUUUGUUGCCUGCCCCGAUUCGUUCAGUGUAUUCAUUCUCGGCUCACAGCCUUCGGUCAGAGUCUCGUGGACGGAACCAACGUUCAUGGACAACUCCAUACAGGGUACCGUCACAGCAAUGCCAUCACCCGGCAGUAGUCCACCAGGAUCACAAUUUGCUCCUGGCGAACAUCUCAUUGAAUACAUGGCAAUGGAUGCCCAAGGAAACACUGCCUCCACCUGCUCAUUCACUGUCAAUGUCAUAGUUCAGACAGAUACCAUUGAACUGGAUGGUGAACUCCUGCUUGACAUCGUGCGUGGAAUCAAUGGCCAAUUCAGCCCUACGAUAGCUCGUCUACAAAGCCUGCGGGACGACCUCGACGAUCUCUUUAGAAUCUCCUCUAGCUUAGCUCCAAAUUUUGUGGGAAUAGAAAUCCUUGCUUCAAGUUUCGAUACGUCCAGUAACUUCAAGAUCCAGUUCCGUCUUCAUUUUAGUAAUCCGUCGUACUACAAUGAAGAAGAAAUUAAGCAAGCAUUUUACUCGGCUCUUACUGACAAUCUUAAUUUUGCCACCACCAAUACGAUUGUACCUGAGUCAUUCGAUUUAGGUGUAAGGGAAUUCCGCGGCCAGAUUACCCUGAGGCGAAUUGUAUCUUCACCAACAACUGAGGUGGACUUUGCUACAUGUUGCGGAGAUCCAACAAGUACUCAAUAUCUUGCUUUGGAAGCAAGAAUUCAUGUAAACCUGUGGUCAACCUUUAGGGGCUUGGGGAACUUCAGGAUGGUGAAGUCACUUCGGUUUAAGUCCGGCAGCGUCGUUGUACCCUUCACAGUAACACUAAGUGAUGAUUCAACGGCAACCACCCAACAGGCUGAUACUUUCUUUGCCAAUGCCGUUGAUGGGUCUUCCCUGGAGUGGAUGCCGGGUGGAGUGUCAUCAGAGCUUUUCCUUGUAACCCUUUCACCACCCAAUGUACUUCCAAUCAUAGAGGUUUGCCCUUCUUCAUUUGAGUGUUUAUCUAAUGGAGGAACAUGUACUGUCUUGAAUCAUAUUGAAGUCUAUUACUACGAAUGCAGCUGUCCUUCUGGUAGAUCAGGAGAUAAUUGUGAAAAUACAGGCAUUAAUCUGAGCACAGGGGCGAUCAUAGGAAUCGCAGUGGGCGUGGCCACUUUCUUCCUUCUCUUACUCUUCAUCUGCUGCUGUCUUUACUUUUGUGGAACAAGAAGGUACCAGGAUCCUGUGUAUGGUCAGAAACCAGCUCCGCUCAUGCUCAUGCCAAGAGACGACUACUAUUAUCGUCGACCCCCCAUCAUGGAUCGACGUGGCCCGAUCAUCACUGAGAUGGAAGAGGGGCUCGAAGGUCCUUAUUUCCAUCACGAGAGAGAGGACUACCGUGCCCCAGCCCCUCUUCCGUUGGCCAUCGAACCCGCGCCAUCCCUUCAAAUCCCUCGUCCUGUCACAAAUGGUCCCAAAUUUCAUCACGAGUAUGAGGAUGCUGUUCCUGCACCUCAACGACGAGAACGCUCCAGGAGGAAUCGCUUCCGGGACGUGCUUCCGGAUCGUCUUACACGAGGUCGACAUCGAGAUCAUGAGGGACGUCACUACCAGCGAGACUAUGUGCCAGAGAGGAUGGAAGAUACGAAACAGCGACUGUUCCGAGAAUUCAACUACUAGAAUAGACAUAUUAUCAAGAGACCCAGUGUGGAAGGCUCACCGCUGUACUGCUCCUUGGAAUACUGUCUUCCCUUCUAAAAAUCGUUAAAAUGUGUUUGAUAAUUUUGUUUUCUAUUAAGAUUAAACACGUGGUCAGAUUUGAAACUGUAUUAGCAGCAGUACUUUUUUAAACAACAUCUAAAUGAAUGGUAAUCGCACAAAACAAUGGUCCUU